AUGGCUAUAAGUGGUUUAAUUUCCAACACAAACUUCACUUCUUUCAUUGCUUCAGGAAAUUAUCAAUUGAGAAAGGAUGUAUCACUUCAAAGAGGAAGCAUUUUUAGUGUUCAUCAUGGUGGCCAGAUUGCAAAGAACCCCUUUGCAAGAACCAGAAGCCAUAUUGAACAAAGAGAAGUAUAUGGACUAGAAGUAAGAAAGCUUAGUAAGGUAAAUAGAGCCUGUGUUCAUUACAGGUCGGAGGAGUAUGACAUUGAUGAAACAAAGGUGGAUUCUGUGGUAUCUGAUGAAGGAACGGAUGAAGCAAUUCAAUUGAAAGGAAACGGUGCACCAGUUUCUCCUUGGUGGCGGAAACUUCCUAAGCGCUGGCUUAUCGUAUUGCUGUGCUUUAGUGCAUUUCUUCUAUGCAAUAUGGAUCGCGUAAAUAUGAGCAUAGCGAUACUUCCAAUGUCACAAGAGUUUAACUGGAACAGUACAACAGUUGGCUUAAUUCAGUCAUCUUUUUUCUGGGGCUAUUUACUCACUCAGAUUCUUGGUGGCAUAUGGGCAGACAAACUUGGUGGGAAGGUAGUGCUAGGUUUUGGAGUUGUUUGGUGGUCAAUGGCAACAAUUUUAACACCGAUUGCGGCAAGACUUGGACUGCCUUAUUUGCUUGUUAUGCGUGCCUUUAUGGGAAUUGGUGAGGGUGUAGCGAUGCCUGCCAUGAAUAAUAUACUGUCCAAGUGGAUUCCAGUUUCAGAAAGAAGUAGAUCACUUUCGCUAGUAUAUAGCGGCAUGUAUUAG